GAAAUAAUGCGCAACUAACAAACUUCAAGGUGAUGCCGGAUGGUCUGUCCCAUAAAAUCCUUAUCUGUGGAGAUGUCAAAGGGAGAGUCAGUGCACUAUACUCAAGGGUUUCUAAGGUUAUGAACGUCGCUGGACAGUUUGAUAUGAUGUUUUGUUUAGGAGACUUUUUUGGAACCGAAACUAGUGAGAUAAAAAGAUUGAUCGAUGGAAGUUUGGCAGCCUCUUUACCUACUUAUAUCGUGUCCCCAUACACAGAAAUCACCCGAAAGUAUUGUCAAAUGGAAUCUGGUUGCGAGCUUUGCAAUAACCUGACGUAUCUGGGCUCUAAGGGCACAUAUACGACUAUGAGUGGCUUACGUGUAGUAUACAUGGCUGAGUGGGAACCUAAUUCUGAUAACUGUAACCUACCAUCCAGUUUACUCACUGAGGCUCUUGCAGCAGAAGAUAAUGGCUUUUUGGGUGUUGAUCUCUUGCUCACUUGUCAGUGGCCGAAACAUGUUAAUAAGCUAACUCUGUGUGAACUCCCUGACGGUUGCCAGCAAUGUAUUGACUCCUCCUCGAUUCUAAUAUCGCGAUUGGCUUAUCUUACUCGACCAAGAUACCAUUUUUCAUGUGGUAACGGGGUGUAUUACGAAAGGUCACCAUACAGAAAUCACCGUGUUUUACAAGAAAAAGCUUGUCAUACUACACGUUUUAUAUCCUUGGCAGAUGUGAAAAAUGAACGUAACCAGAAGUAUUUAUAUGCUCUCAAGUUAAUCCCGAUUGAUAAAAUGGAUCAUCAGGAUUUAAUAAAUCAACCUCCAGACGUAACAGAAAAUCCAUAUCGCGAAUUUGUUGACCAUAAACAUUCUUUAGAUAGAGAAACAGAGGUACAAACUGAGCAAUACUUUUAUAACAUGAAUACCAAGGAAAAAUCAGGAACUGUUACGAAAAAAGGCACUCCUCAAAAGCGCAAAAUGAACACUAAUACAUUUGAAGACACAGAUGACAUCAAAAGACAACUUGUUGAUAAAAAUGAUACCAGUGAGGAAAGUUUUCAAGAAAAAAUCGACAAGAACAGAAAUCAUGCAGCUUGUUGGUUUUGUUUAGGUAAUCCACAAGUGAAAAAACAUUUAAUUGUUAGUAUUGGUACUCAAGCCUAUGUAGCAUUACCGCGUGGUCCUAUUGUACCUGACCAUGCAUUGAUUUUAACUAUUGGUCAUCAUCAAAGCUGGAUUUCCUGUCCAGAAUAUGUUCGUUCGGAAAUUGAAGAAUAUAAAUCCCGAUUAAAACGUAUGUAUGCUGCACAAGGUAAAGCGAUGGUAACAUUUGAACGAAAUUUGAAAACCCAACAUUAUCAACUUCAAGUGAGUAUGAGAAAAUUGGGUCUAUGUAUCCAUUUACUGGUUUUCAUUUCUUAAACCCGGUUUUCACCUGAACAAUUAAUGAACAGGUUUUAAAUGUAAGUUUUUUGGACGGCAACUCUGACAGAACGCUUCUAGUUGGGAGAGCUUGAAGUCUUGGUCUCGAUCGCCGGUGGGUUCGUGUUAACUAUUGUUUUGAGGUCAUACGAAAGGCUUUUUUCUGGUUAGCGUUUUUUUAGCGAUUUAGUUUUCUACCUCAUGCCCAACCCUCCUUUAUCCGGGCAUGGGACCGGUAGUAGCGCCAGGGGGGCUCCAGGUAGAGUUUCAUAUAAAAAGAGGAAACAGUUAUUUACUUCUCUUUAUUUUCCAAUAAUUGUCCAGUUGAAAUCAGUUUAGGAUUUAAAUGGCUUUAAGAAAGUCAAUUUUUAAUCACCUUGCAUUAUUAUCUGAGCUGUAGUUUUGAUCUCAGUAAAUCAGUUUAAAUCUUUUUACUCUUAAUAAUGAAAACAUGCUUGUUAUAGUUUUAAGCUUAGUUAUUUCUCAUCACUGAAGUUUUACAUUUUCUGUGCACGUGUUUCACUUUGAUGUUUUUAACAAUCGUAUACGUCUUUGUUUAUGGUUUUAUUUAUUCACUGAAGGUUGUUCCUGUACCAUUUUCAGUUGCAGCAGAGGUGAAACAAGUAUUUCUCGAGCUAUCUUCCAAUACUGAUUUUAGUCCAUGCAAACUAAAACCAGUUCCUCGACGGACAGAAUUAGAUGAAAUUUGUAGAGUUGGAAUUCCUUAUUUUUUUGUUGAGCUCCCUACUGGUGAAAAACUUUUUGGACGAAUUCCAAAAGAUCGUAUUUCCAGUGCGAACUUACAAUUUGGUCGGUAUGUUCAUUGUAUUAAUUCUGAUUAUCUUGAAUCAAAAAUUUUUUCACUUAAAAGCUUCCUAACAAAUGAUGCUAAAGGAUUGACUUUUAUCAUAAGUUUACUGAGUGUACACAGCGUAUGACUUGAUACGAACGGGUUACCGGUCAAAGUUAUCCCAUCUCAUAUAUAAGUGCAAGGGUGGGUAAAUUAAUAACAUAAGAAAAAGAGGAGUCAGAAUAAUAAUACUGAUAUCAUUUACAGUAAUCUGAUAUAUGGGGUGACACUAAGGGCAAUAUUUAUGGGAGUGAAUUGAACUAAUAUCGCUUUUGAGCUUCAUCACCCAAAGCGCACACCAACAGUAAGUGAUUUCAUGGACUGAUGUUGCAUAUUAGUUUGGUCUCCACUAGUUUUCUAACACAUUUUCAUGCCAGUCAGCAUCACACAUUUUAGUGAACUGUUACUAUGUAUGUGUACUACACCCCAUAACCGCUUUUGUUUCCAAGGCUUUUCAGCGCCAUCAAUUAAUUCCCCACGUUUAUUCAAAUCUUACAUUCAACUUCGAUAUCAGUUCUACUAUUUUUGAGCGAUGCUUUGUCAACCCGUAUGGUCAGCUAUAUAGAACAUGUACCUGUUCUCCACUUUCAGGGACUAAAUUUUACAACCUUAUGGUAGUACAAUUGGGACAGUUUCCUAGUAAACUCGCUGUGAUGUUCAGGAUUGUCCUAACAGAUCCACGUAUUUUAAAUUGUCCAGAAAAAGCCGACUGGCAUGAUUGUACAGAUGAAGAAGAUGAAGAAACUGAUUUAGCUAAAGAUUUUCGAAAAAUGUUUUUGCCAUUUGAUGUCAAUGAUGAUGACGAUGAUAAUAAUAAUACUGAAUAAACAGAACCAAUUUUCAAAGAAAAUCUUUCUUAAAUAGCAUUUUGCUUUAUUUUUUUUAAAGGACGAAUUAUUCAUUCUCUAAACUAUCAUCUUCAUAUGUCUUGAACCAAAUUCUAUUUUCUUGUAGUAAGAAACGGAAACAAAAGAAUGUAAAUUGUACAGAUUCAAUUCCCUUUUUCUAGACAAUACUACUAUCGUUUUUUUAAAUUUACAUAAUGAAUAUAUUCUUUCAUAC